AUGAGUAGAUCAAACCAAUCAAGUAUCUCUGAAUUCCUCCUCCUGUGGCUCUCCAGGCAGCCCCAGCACCAGCAACAACUCCUCUUUGUGCUCUUCCUGUGCAUGUACCUGGCGUCAGUCCUGGGAAACCUGCUCAUCAUCCUGUCCAUAAGUACAGACUCCCGCCUGCACACCCCCAUGUACUUCUUCCUCAGCAACCUGUCCUUUGUGGACGUCUGUUUUUCCUCCACCACUGUCCCCAAGAUGCUGACCAAUCACAUACUUGGGAUUCAGUCCAUCUCCUUUUCUGGGUGCAUCACACAGCUAUAUUUUUUUGUUGUAUUUGCGGUCAUGGACAAUUUGCUUCUGUCUGUGAUGUCCUAUGACCGCUUUGUGGCUGUGUGCCACCCCUUACACUACACAACAAAGAUGACCCAUCUGCUCUGUGCUCUGAUGGUAGCUGGAUCGUGGAUCACUGCCAGUAUGCAUUCUUUAUUGCAUACCCUGAUGAUAGCUCGACUCUCGUUCUGUGCAAAUAAUGCAAUCCCCCACUUCUUCUGUGAUGUGACUCCUGUCCUGAGACUCUCCUGCUCUGACACACAUCUUAGUGAGAUGAUGAUUCUUACUGAGGGGGCUCUGAUAAUGAUGGCCCCAUUGGUUUGCAUCCUGGUUUCCUACAUUUGCAUCACCUGUGCUGUGCUGCGAGUCCCAUCCACAAAGGGAAAGUGGAAAGCCUUCUCCACCUGUGGCUCCCACCUGGCUGUGGUUUCCCUCUUCUAUGGCACCAUCAUUGCUGUGUAUUUCAACCCUUCAUCCUCCCACUCAGCUGAGAAAGACACAGUAGCUACUGUGAUGUACACAGUGGUGACCCCCAUGCUGAACCCUUUCAUCUACAGCCUGAGGAAUAAGGACAUGAAAGGGGCCCUAAGAAAAAUGAUUGGCAGGAUGACAGGUCCUAUGUGA